AGUGACUUGAUGGAGGCUCUGUCCUGUCCGGCCUGCAGGAUAGAGACAUUACAUUUGGGUGGUAAUUAUCUACCAGACAUUUCCUGCAUCCAGUUGGCAUCUGUAAUAAGGAAUAACCGGUCCCUGAAGAUACUUGACCUGUCUCGUAACCGACUGUCUGGUCCUCACUUCAGUGACUUGAUGGAGGCUCUGUCCAGUCCGGCCUGCAGGAUAGAGGAAUUACGUUUGGGUGGUAAUGAUCUACCAGACACUUCCUGCAUCCAGUUGGCAUCUGUAAUAAGGAAUAACCAGUCCCUGAAGAUACUUGACCUGUCUCGUAACAGUCUGUCUGGUCCUCACUUCAGUGACUUGAUGGAGGCUCUGUCCAGUCCGGCCUGCAGAAUAGAGGAAUUACAAUUGGAUGAUAAUGGUCUACCAGACACUUCCUGCAUCCAGUUGGCAUAUGUAAUAAGGAAUAACCGGUCCCUGAAGAGACUUGACCUGUCUCGUAACCGUCUGUCUGGUCCUCACUUCAGUGACUUGAUGGAGGCUCUGUCCAGUCCGGCCUGCAGGAUAGAGGAAUUACGUCUGUGGGACAAUGGAUUAUCUGAAGAGGAGAAGGAAGCCCCAAGAAAACUGAAAAAGCAGAAACCAAAUAUGAAAAUCAUUUUCUAAACAGAGAAGAAACCGGAUUCCUCUCAGUGAUGAGCAGAUAACAGGACUUUGGUGGUGAAGACUUCUUCAGAGGUCUGGUAUUAGGAGCGUCUCCUGGUGCAUUAUGGGUAAUAUCACAGAUCUACAGAAGAUAAGGAAAUGUCUAAUAUUAUAAUAAAGAUGAUACCAGAAAUGUUCUUCUCCAGCUAAUUAUAUGUCCAGUAACUAAAUCCCUUCAUAAUAAGCCCAAAUCCAGGCCUAUGGGAUGUAGUAGCGUCUCCUGAAGGUCAUGUAGGUUGUCAGCAGUAUAAUACUGGUUGUCACACUGGAGGAGGCCGCUCAUUGCACACAGUGUAAAUAACAAAUCACACAAACUGUUAUUUCAGUUUCUAUUUUAUCUUUUACUUGAUGCGACUCCCGGACAUACCAGUGUUCACAUGAUCUGUCUCCCGAUCACCAGGACCAAUAGAAGUGACAUGGCGGUGUGCGGUAUUUUACUGUACAUACACAGUUCGAGUGCUGUGUAAAAUGACAAAAAGAAGACAACGGGUAUAAAAUGGUCCUAAAUGGACUCCUCUUGAGAAGACGCCCAGCUGCCACCCUACACAUGAACUACAGUAUGAAAAGAAACACGAUUCAGGGAAUCUCCCUCUUACCAGCUCAAUCAGAGAACCACAAUAUCCACAAGGCUGUCAGCGUGUCACCGUGAGUAGACUCUUGAAUGCAAGUGAG